AAAGACUCGCCUCUUUUUUCUCUUCCCCAGCAUCUUUGCUUUCGCUCCUCUCUCUCUCUCAACUGAAGACUAUGGAGGUUAAAUCUAUGCCCAGCUCCGUACAAGAGAAGAGCUCCGUUGAUUUGGGAAAUGACCAAUUUGGAUGUGCGCAUUAUAAGAGGAGGUGCAGGAUAAGGGCACCUUGCUGUAAUGAGAUCUUUUAUUGCAGGCAUUGCCAUAACGAGGCUAAGAAUUGUCUGGAUGUUGAUCAAGUGGAGCGGCAUGAGAUUCCUCGCCAUGAUGUGAAGAAGGUUAUCUGUACUCUAUGUGACACCGAACAAAAUGUCAGGCAGAAUUGCUCAAUUGUGGGCAUGGGAAAAUACUUCUGUGAAAAAUGCAAUUUUUUUGACGAUGAUGUAUCAAAAAAUCAGUAUCAUUGUGAUGGAUGUGGAAUCUGCAGAACUGGAGGAAAGGAGAACUUCUUUCAUUGUGAUCGUUGUGGAUGUUGCUAUAGCCAAAUCCUUAAGGAUUCUCACCAAUGUGUAGAAAGAGCAAUGCACCACAACUGCCCUAUUUGUUUCGAAUUUCUUUUUGAUUCGACGAGAGACAUCAGCGUUCUGCCAUGCGGCCAUACAAUACAUUUAGAAUGUUUGAGGGAAAUGGAGCAGCAUUUUCUACUCUCAUGCCCUCUUUGCUCUAAAUCAAUAUGCGACAUGUCUAGCGUAUGGGAAAAACUAGAUAAGGAGGUUGCUUCAACACCAAUGCCUGUAAUGUACAGGAACAAGAUGGUUUGGAUUCUUUGCAAUGAUUGUGGUACUGAAUCAAAUGUCCAUUUCCACACUGUUGCUCAUAAAUGUCCAGGCUGCAGUUCUUAUAAUACGCGGCAGAUAAGGGGGGUUUCUGCUGCAUGUGUUAGAAAUUUGAGAGAUUAAGGAGCAAAUGGUCCCGAGAUUACAAAGAGUUGAUUUACAUUUUCCAGGCAAUAUGAUACUCCGCAAGAACAGAACUCUUCAAUUGCUCCCAUGAAAGAACUUGAGGUUUGAGAUUAAGGAGAAGAGAUGUGAUAUAUUCAGCCAAUAAAUGGUGAACAAAAGCUCAACCCUGCACAUUCUUAAGGUGAAGUCCACGGAGAGUGAAUCUAUAUUGUUCCUAAAUACAUAUGGAUAUAGGAUGAAAUUUAGAGUUCUUUAUUCCUUCUCUACUCUUGUUCAUCUUGUUAGUUGCUCUCUGAAGCAUGUUAUGAUGGAAAUCCUAAGAUAUAAAGAUGCAACUUAUCGGUUCCCACUUCAGUUUAUGUCAAUUAUCAAAGAUCAUUCAAUCUGUGCAAA